AUGGAAGCUGCCCAAUUGAUUUCUCAAGAGUGGGAUUCUCUUAGUGGACAGUGCACGGCUGAAGAAGCUGAUUUCAUGACUCACUUCCUUGGUGGCAAUACCAACUAUUCAUAUUUUCCUUCAAGUGUUGCAAAUGCUAAUUCUAUGUGUUUCUCCCAAGGGAGUAGCACAAACACUGCUAAUAGUGCUGAUAUAUUUUCCACCACAACAAAUAGUGGCAUCUACUUCUGUGAUAAGGAACCAAAGGUUGAUUCCUUGUCCAUGCUUUUUUGCUUGGGAGAAGAUGCUAAAUUUAGUCCACAAUAUUUCAAUGAUAGUUUUAGCCAUCAGAUAAAUUAUGAAAGCAUUGAUCAUGAGAGGUUAUGUUUGGAACCUUCUUCAGAAGAAAAUAGAAGCCAAAACACGGAGAACCCUGCAAAAAGAUUGAGGACCUCAAAUGCUUCCAUGGAGCUAAAUGAGGGAACAUCUCCAAUUCUAAGUCCAAAAGAACCUGAAGCGCCGAAUUUAUGUAGAAAAUCAAGAGCAAGAAAUGGUCCUGCCACUGAUUCUCAGAGCAUUUAUGCAAGAAGGAGAAGAGAAAGAAUAAAUGAAAGGUUGAGAGUAUUGCAAACACUUGUCCCAAAUGGAACUAAGGUGGACAUUAGCACCAUGCUUGAAGAAGCUGUUCAAUAUGUCAAGUUUUUGCAGCUUCAAAUUAAGGUUCUGAGUUCUGAGGAUAUGUGGAUGUAUGCUCCAUUAGCUUACAAUGGAAUCAACAUUGGAUUAGACCUCACUUUUUCAUAG